AUGGCUCAACCCAACGAAUGCAACGACAUCCACAACUGUCGCCUGCUUUUCGACAUCGUCUGGGGCUGCCUCGCCACCAUCUUCUUCGCCAAACGACCCUCCGCGACUGCUAGCCUCCGAGACAGAGCAGCGUGGUGGCUCGCUGAAUGUAAUCGCACAUUGUCGCAGCGACUAAAGCUGAUGGCCGUGGCCCUCGUUGCGCCAGAGCUCAUUGUCGGCUUCGCGGCAAAGCAGCUCAUCAUCGCGCGUCUCUUUUCUCGAGAAUACGACAUGUCGCUUACUCACGGGUUUUUCCUCGUUAUGGGCGGCUUCUCUGAUGCCGACGGCCAUCCCAUCGUUACCAGAAGCCAGCUCUCAGUGGCAAAUGUGGUGGAAGGAAUUCGAGCCAUCGACGUGGAGAAGAUUGAGGAGAAGAGCAAAGGGGACCUGUUGUCGAAAACCAUCACUCUUUGCCAAGCAAGCUGGUUCAUUGUGCAAUGCAUCGCACGAAGAGCCCAGAGUCUUCCACUGACCGAGCUUGAAGUUGCGACGCUGGCAUUCUCCACAGUCAAUGCAUUGACGUGGCUGCUCUGGCUUUGGAAGCCACUCGACGUUCAGAGCCCAAUCGGACUCACAGUGCAGACAAAACCCCAGGGCCAUGUUGGGGACAGACCCUACCCCUUCGGGACCACGUGGCUUAUCCGAUUCGGCUGCAUGUUGACUGGUAUCUUUGUCGCUGACGACUACGAUCCUUUCUCGAACUCUUCAGUGCCAACAUUCUGGUGUGCAGCCGAAUCAUUUGAAGAUCACUUCUCCAACCAAACCGCCACGGCUGUGGUAAUCCAGUUCCUGCUUGGGUCUGUGUUUGGUGGCAUUCAUUGCGCCGCAUGGGCGCUGGUGUUCCCCUCUAUGGUCGAAAUGUGGCUGUGGCGCGCGUCUGCUUUGGUGAUCACAGGACUGCCCAUUAUCUUCCUCGUUGUCGGAAUGAUCCCCGAGCGGGUGUACUUCAUUCCUCUCAGCGCGUCAUGGCCUACAGCUUUGGACAUAUUCGCGGUCUCUAUGAUCCUCUUUUAUUCGGUUGCGCGAGGUAUCCUACUCGUUCUGCCAUUUACGACUCUGCGCUCUCUGCCCAUCGCAGCCUUCGUAGAUAUCAAUUGGAGCGUGUAUAUUCCUCACCUAUGA